UUUCUGUCAUACUUCCUUGCUGGAACUGGCUUCAAUUAGUUAUAAUAAAUAAAGACAGAUGCUAACAACCAUAAUUUGUUAUGAAUUCUUCAGGAAUACUAUGGUCAUACUACUAGCUAAAAACCAAAAUCAAUCCUCUAGCCCCUCCCCAAAAAAAUCCACCUCAAGAGACUCCACACCAAACUAGGAAAGAAAUCUUAAGUGGGUCCUGUGGAACAGCAUUUACAGAACUUCUCUUCUCACUUACCAAAAUGGCCCUUGAAUUAACAGAAGGAUUAUUUGUUUAGGGUCCUCCCAAAAAGGAAAUGGAGUUCUGUAUAACUUUAUAUAAUGGAAAAUAUGUUGUCAUUUGUUACAGCCAAUGAAAUCAACAGAAGCAUUUGAGCAAAGUAGUACUUUUAAAAUGAAAAAAACAAACCAUUCGCUAUCAAAAGAAGAGAUUUUCACCAAUCCGAACUGAAAAACGUAAUUGAUUAUAUUUUAAAUACAUAUUGUAUCUUUAAGAAAUUUACUGAACACAAUGUUUAAUUCCUGUAAAUAUAUGCAAGUAGGAAGGGUCUGAGCACGAAGUUUAGGACAUUGUGUAACUCCUAAAGUUUCCUAAUUAACUUCCUCUUUUUUUGAGCAGAAACGUUUCUUGGACAAACACACAAAGAAAUGGCACCUUUCAAUAAAUGCAAGGUCGUGCUAGUGUUGGAAUUCAACUGGAUUCUAUACUGUGUUGGUCAUGCUGUAGACACCUGCAAAGUUACCAUAAGCCAACACCCAUUUAAGGAAGUAGACCACAGUGUCAACACUGUGAACAUAACAUGCAGUUUCUCUGUUUCCGGAUGUAAAGGCUCUCCUCAAAUGCUAUGGUUUCGCUAUCGUGAUUUUACACAUGAGGCUUUGUGUACACCUGAAUGCGUAGAGAAGUUCAAAGUGAUUGGAUCACUGUCUGAUAACAGUGCUUUACUUCAAAUUAACAAACUGACCGUAAACGACAGUGCCAUUUAUAUCUGUGGAAUAGCAUUUUCAAAUUCAAAUUCACACACAUCUAAGCAAACCGGGGGAGGAACAAUAUUGGUAAAAAGAGGGUCUGAGAAGUACAGCACCGAAGAAUACAUCCCCAUGAUAAUCCUCUCAUCUUUGCUGUUUCUCUACAGCACUACCAUAUUUGCAAUCUUUAUAUUCUACAAGUCAAAAUCCAAACUGGUAAAGAAAACCAGGAAAGGAGACGAAAAAGGAGAGAAUCAUAAAAACAUGAGUGGGCAAACAGUUUGUCGAGCAAUUGUACAAGAACUGUACAAGAAGAGAUAUGCUCAAGACCAUCAUCAGCCUGAGUGUUUGGAACCAGAUGACACCAUCUAUCAAAACAGAUGAUAAAAUUCGAAGUAUACCACAUACUCAAGAUCCUUUAUGUGAAAUACAACUGAACAUGUCUGAGACUUCAAAAAUUAAUUUUCUGAAAGAGUCUUAUCUUGGUAAACACGAUGAAUCCUCAUUGAGCAGUGCUUUUUUUAAAGUGUUUUGCAUAUAGAUUAUCAAACACAAAUGACAGUAUUCCAGCUAAAGUGUGAAUAUUAACAUUACCAAACUCUCUCCCUCUGAAAAAUAAAAAUAUUGGAAAAGGACUUUAUUUUCCAUUGAAGCGCUACUAAUACUUCAUGGAAAUUUUCAUAUUUAGGGUUAGUUCUACAUAUACAGUAUUUUUUUUUAAUUUCUUUUGUGAAUUUAAUGCCUCUGAAAGCUUUGUGAUAGGCAGAUAAAGAAAAUGAAGCCUUGAAGUCAAAUUCUAUUCUCAGUUACUUACAUUGGUGUAAAUCAGCUAUAACUACCACUGAUGUCAAUAGUAACUCAGGAUUUACACCAGAGUAAGAGCAGAAUCUGGCUGGCUGUACAUAGAACAGGUACAAAAAAUAGGCAAUAUAAAAGCAUACACACUAAUGCAGUGUCAAAGCUGAUCCAGAGGGACCAUAUCAUGGGUUAGGAAGGUAGCUUAGUCUACAUGUCAAUCCAAGGACUGCUCUUUUUCAAUGUUUAUAUUUAUCUGUGUUAUGCAGACAAUAUCCCCAAGUGCUAGCCAGAAGCAGUUCCUCAUUCCCCAUUAGAAUGACACCCAGUCUCUACACGGGCAAGGAGGGGGUUCCAUAAAUCCUCUCCUCCUUCCCUUUGUGCAUCUGCACAGAGCUGGGCACAACUGAGCCUGCUGGACUACAGUCAAACUUCACCAGUUCUCACUUAGUUAAUCUGCGCACCUCACGAGUCUUACAAGAUACCUGUUGGUCUCACCCAUCCUCUCAGCAAAGAGUUGUGUCCAGCAGUGAGGCAUCAUCUACCAUUUUGCAACUUAAGAACACUGGAACUACCAGACUGGAGCAAAGCAGAGAUCUAUCUAGUCCAGUGUUGCCUACAUAGUCAAGUACUAAAUAUUUCAGAAGAAAAUUGCACAAAAAUCCACAUUACACAAUGGACAAAUAUAGAACAACAUGUCUAAUAAACUUCCUUCCUAAUCCCAAGCAAUUAAUGGCUAGCUGCUUCUCUCUUCAAACAUGGUAUCUUAUACAUUUUUAUUCUAGUACCUACAGUUAUUCUUAUUUGUAUAAAUAUCAAAUCCUUUUUUAAACCCUAAGCUUUUUGCCUCAAUGAUAUCACACAGCAGUAAGUUUCACAGAUUAAUUAGAUUAUAAAGCAUUUCUUUAUAUCAUAUCAGAAGGGUAGCCGUGUUAGUCUGGAUCUGCAAACGCAGCAGAGUCCCGUGGCACGUUAUAGACUAACAGACAUAUUGGAGCAUGAGCCCACAAAAGCUCAUGCUCCAAUACGUCUGUUAGUCUAUAAGGUGCCACAGGACUCUUUGCUGCUUUCUUUAUAUUAAACACUCAUUACAGAAUACUUACUAGUGCAGUAUAAAUAUAAAGUACAAAUGGACAGAGUAUGUUUUGUAAUGCAGUAUGGUUAAAUUAUUAGUAAGAUUUCUGCUUGCCAAUUCAUAAAAUUUGAAACUCCACAAUAACAUUGUGUUAGGGUGAAUUAAUGAAGUUUUACUGUACAUUGGAAAAUAAAAACAAAAAGGUGUAUUUCUCUCAAACUCUUUGGUAAUAACUUGUGAAUAAGCUACUUCGGACUCUAGAUGUCAUUGUAAUUCCAGAAACAGUUGAAAGAGUAAAGUAACAUUUCUUUUGUUCAAAGUUUUACGAGAACAUUUGUAUCAGUCAUUUAAAGAAAUUAAGAACAAGGAAACAGAAGCAGUGUCAAGCACAGCAGAGUAUAAUUAUCAUUAACAGUAUAGUUAAAAUUGUUCUAUUUUCAGGCUCUAAUCCUGCAAUUGGAUC